AGUCGCCGAGCGCCUUCCCACAAUGCCCUGCGCGGAUGAGCACCAAGAUGGCCGAAGCGAUGGAUGAGUACGAAAAAGACGCUGGCUGUGUCCCUAUCCUUCAUCCAGAGGAAAUCAAGCCCCAGAGUCACUACAACCAUGGCUACAGCGAGAGUGCCGGGCGCAAGAGCCAUGCCGAUGACUACAGCACCUGGGACAUCGUCAAAGCAACACAGUACGGCAUCUACGAGCGGUGCCGGGAGCUGGUGGAAGCCGGCUACGACGUCCGGCAGCCCGACAAGGAGAAUGUCACCCUGCUCCACUGGGCGGCCAUCAACAACCGGCUCGACUUGGUCAAGUAUUACAUAUCAAAGGGGGCCAUCGUGGACCAGCUUGGCGGAGACCUUAAUUCAACACCACUGCACUGGGCUACAAGACAGGGCCACCUCUCCAUGGUGGUCCAGCUGUUGAAGUAUGGGGCCGACCCGGCGCUGAUCGACGGCGAGGGCUGCAGCUGCAUCCACCUGGCUGCGCAGUUUGGACACACCUCCAUCGUGGCCUAUUUAAUCGCAAAGGGCCAGGAUGUGGACAUGAUGGACCAGAAUGGCAUGACACCAUUAAUGUGGGCUGCUUAUAGAACUCACAGUGUGGAUCCUACCCGGCUCCUGUUGACGUUCAACGUGUCUGUCAGCCUGGGCGACAAGUAUCACAAAAACACAGCACUUCACUGGGCCGUUCUGGCCGGCAACACCACUGUCAUCAGCCUGCUGUUGGAUGCUGGAGCCAAUGUAGACGCACAGAAUAUCAAGGGGGAGACAGCACUGGACCUGGCCAAGCAGAGGAAGAACGCCUGGAUGAUGAACCAUCUGCAGGAAGCUCGGCAGGCCAAGGGCUACGACAGCCCAUCCUACCUGAAGAGGCUGAAAGCGGACAAGGACUUCCGGCAGAAAGUGAUGUUGGGUACCCCAUUCCUGGUCAUCUGGCUGGUGGGCUUCAUCGCCGACCUGAACAUUGACUCCUGGCUCAUCAAAGGGCUGAUGUACGCUGCAGUGUGGAUCACGGUGCAGUUCCUCUCCAAGUCCUUCUUUGAUCAUUCCAUGCACAGUGCUCUGCCCCUGGGUAUCUACCUGGCCACCAAGUUCUGGAUGUACGUCACCUGGUUCUUCUGGUUUUGGAACGAUCUGCCUCUGGUGACGAUCCACAUCCCCUUCCUCCUGACCAGCGCCGCUCUGUUCUACAACUUUGGCAAGUCUUGGAAAUCUGAUCCCGGGAUCAUCAGAGCUUCAGAGGAGCAGAAGAAGAAGACCAUUGUUGAAUUAGCAGAAACAGGAAAUCUAGACCUGAGCAUAUUCUGCAGCACCUGCCUGAUACGGAAGCCAGUGAGGUCCAAACACUGUGCCGUGUGUAACCGCUGCAUCGCCAAGUUCGACCACCACUGUCCCUGGGUGGGCAACUGUGUGGGAAGUGGAAAUCACCGCUACUUCAUGGGAUACUUGUUCUUUCUGCUCUGCAUGAUCUGCUGGAUGAUCUACGGCUGCAUCUGCUACUGGAGGAUCCACUGUGCCACUAGCUACUCCAAGGAUGGCCUCUGGACCUACAUCACGCAGAUCGCCACCUGUUCGCCAUGGAUGUUCUGGAUGUUCCUCAACAGCAUCUUCCACUUGAUGUGGGUGGCCGUACUCAUCAUGUGCCAGAUGUACCAGAUCGCUUGUCUCGGUGUGACCACAAAUGAGCGUAUGAACGCCAGGAGAUACAAGCACUUUAAAGUCACGACCACGUCCAUUGAGAGCCCUUUCAACCAUGGUUGUGUGCGGAACCUCAUCGACUUCUUUGAGUAUCGUUGCUGUGGCCUGAUGCGGCCGGUGGUCGUGGACUGGACCGCGCAGUACACAAUCGAGUACGACCAGACGUCCGGCUCGGGAUACCAGUUGGUGUAGCGGUCCGCACAGGUCCUGGAGAGGGUCCCACGGAAGUGCAGGGUGGUUUGGGGGGAGGGGUUCAUUCUUGGGAAUGCCCCUUUGGGAUCAUCUCCUUUCGCUAUGACUGAAAUCUGCCGGGGAACACUCGCAUACCGUACAGGACACAUGGCCACUGUCACAGAGUCCCUAACCCCAUGGUUCCUGACAUGGACAGUGUAUGACUGCCACCUAUGUUGGGGAAGCAUAAGAAGAGAAGGCUUGCAUAAAGGGAUUCAUCUGUCCUCCAUACGGGAAUCUCACAUUUCAAGACAUGCAAUACGUUUUUUCCUUUUUGUUCCCUUCGUCAUUGUCACUUUAUGGGUUCUGUUUAUGUAGCUUUAAAUUAUUUUCUGUUUUGUUAAGAGUAUUAUGUUUUUGGUUCAUACUUGAAGCUUAGCUGUUCCAUAAAACCCUCAAAAUCCCAGAAAAACGGAUUCCAGAGGAAAUGAGGAAAACGAAACACUCCAUAGUGUGAAGGGGAGAGCGGGUCUGGAAUCGGAAACUUCGGCUGGGACACCUCAGCGUGGGUGACCCCUAUGGACAAGCGAGAGUGAAAGUCGGUUUGUGAUUAUGGAGGCAAGAACCCAUACCACCACCGAGUAACAGCUACAUGAGUAUUUAUUUUUUAAGCUAUUUAUAGAUGAGUUGAUCAUGUUACCGGUAGUACAUGUAAAGUUUUAUUGUAAUUAAUUAUAUAGAGGAUGUGGUCCAGUACAACUAUAGUUUGAAAGCAAAUAACAGAACAUAUAUUUGUAUAAAUGCAUAUAUAUGUAUUUAAUAACAUUAAUAUUUAUUAUUGCCAUUGUGUAGUUUAGAGGAUACAUGAUCAUGUCUUUCAAAGACUUGGAAGCCGCUGAAAUAGUGAAAAGGGGGGAUUUAUGGAAUGGUUAAAGUGGUUAUUGGUUAUAAUGGUUAUUUUUUUACAGGAAGGAGUCUUCCCGUUUUUUUUUUUUAUUUUAUUACUAUUAUUAUUUCUUCCCUGUUUAAUUUGUUAAUAUGAUGCACUGAUUGCUUUUCGUCCUGCCGCUAAAACAGCAGGUCAAACCGGCCUUCCGAAUACCAAUUCUGCGUUUACAGAAGACGGGCCACGUCACCAGAGGGCGACAGGGCAGCAGCGGCCGCUAACCUUCUGUUUUCAUACGAGCCGAAUCUACGCAGCAGCAACAGGUUUAAACGAGUGUAAAGAUUGUCUAUCUGUACAUAAAUGAGCUAGUUAGUUCUUUUCGUCCGUGAAAUUUUUUCGUCGCCGUUGGGUUUUAAGCUGCUCUCUGAAUUUCAUCCGGUCUCCCUUAGGCCGUGACGUAGUUGUGACAUUAGCGCUUGGCGAUGUUCCUCGCCGCUGUCUUGAGGAAUCUUACCUUGUGAGAACACUGCAUGCGUGAUGCUUUGAAACCAGCCCGUUUCCAUACCGUGUUCCCAUCCCGCAGAGCUGCUCACCAGCAGCCUGGCCAUUUGUCCUGUGUAUCCUAGCCAAAGGGGAGCCAUGUCUCUGUAAAUAGUGGAUGUGUGAGUACUUUUGCGAUACCUUUUUUCCUCCAAUCCCCAAGUUUCAUGUAUCUUCAGGGGCAGCAUUGGUCUCUGCAAGUGCCAGGAAACCGUCUUUCGUGGUGUAAAUUAUUUGACUGUUCCAUAUCAGGGGAUAACAGAAUUGUUUUGUUUUUUUAAAAAAAAAUAGAUUUUAUAUGUUGUAUCUCUGGAGUUUGUCGUGUGGCUGGAUGCAUAAACUGCGAGGAAAGAUAAUGUGAAAUUACGAGAGCAGGCUGCAGCGUUUUUUUCCUUUUCGCGUCUCCAACGUCCGGCUGCCGCACGCGGGUUUCAGAUCCAGCCUUUGGACCCUGACAGCACAAAAGCUCCUGUCAUCUGUAAUGGGCGGAGUCUUUUUACUUAGCCUCUGACCUUGGCUCUUUGGUUCUCAUUGUGUUGAGGUCAAAUGACAAUUUUCAAUUCAGUGUGUUUUUCUUUAUUUUAUUUUUUUUAAAGAUAGGCAUGUGAUAGCUCUUAGGAAGAAUCCGCAUGCCCCUUCACGUGGGAACACCACAUGAAAAUACAUGAGUGAUUCAUGUUUUUACAGUGCCUCUUAGCCCUUGACUAUUACCUUAAUUCCAUAUUGGGCAUGAUACCAUUUUAAUGGCUUUAAUAAUGAAACACUUCAUUUAAAUGUAUAAAAUAUACAAAAAGUCCAGUUUUUUUUCCUUUUAAUGAAAGAGGGUUUGACAGUGUUUCCUUUUUGGUAUAAAGGACCUAAAGGCAAAGCUUUGGGGUUGUAACACUGCUAUUCACUGUUGUGUUCUUAAAAAGGAGGCCUAGCAAUGUUAUUUUUCGACCGUCCGCAUAGGAAUCCUUUUGGAUGUAAGCAGGCUGUAUUCAUAAAAGCUGUCCUCAAAUGCAAA